AUGCCGCUAGUAGCACGCGUGUUCCAGCUUGCAGCCAAGCACAUGCUCAGGCACAGGCGUGCAUAUGACGAUGCACGCUUAUCUCUGGAUACGUUUGGGCUGGCGGCGCUGGGAGGGGACGGAGGCGGGGUGGGAGGGGUGCAGGCGGGGGCGUUUGGAGAGGUUGGAGUGAGUGUGGAUGGGUUGGUGGAUGUGCUGGCGGAGGGGAAUUCGGGGGUGGAGGAGCUGUUGUAUGUAAGGCAGGCAUGCCGGCUGGUGUUCUACGGACAGGCGCCGCACGAGCUGCGCCCUACAGACCAGGAGGUGUUGCUGCACGAGGUGGUGCGGCAGUGGUCAGGGCACCUGUCAGGGGCGGUCAUUCUGAUGUGCGCCAAGGUUCACGACCUGUACCGCGGCAUUCAUGCCCAGCGCAUGAUGGCACAGGUGGGGAGUGGGGGAGAUGAUGGGACGCAUGGUGGGGCUAUGGGUGGGGGAUGGGACGAGGGCAGCCAAGGUGUAGACCUAUACCACUGCAUUCACACGCAACGCAUGAUGGCACAGGUGUCAUGCGACAUGGCACGUGAGUGCCUCUGCAUGCACGGCUGCCCCAAUGCUAAGCUCCUGUUACACCACAUCCUCACCCUUUUCUCUGCCUCCCUCCCGCCCUGUCUCCUCCCCACCCAAAGCGCUCGCCACCUCUCCCUCCUCCCCGACUUCCUCCUGUACUCUCUCGAGACAAGAAGGGGCGUGGGAGAGGGGGAUGAAGGAGGGAAUCAGAGCAAGGGAAGAGAGAGCAACGAGCAGCAGCAGCAGCAAUUGCAGCAGCAACAGCAGCAGGUGGCAUUGAGAGGAGACAUUAAGGUGCCUAUGGUGGAACCCCAUGGGUCAUGGAGCACUGUGGUGUUUGUUCGAUGGAAGGCCGCCAUUCCCAUUAGCUUCAUUGCCACUCUCUCCUACUCCUCCUCCCCUCCUUCGGCUGCUGCUGCUGCUUCCACCCAAGCCACGCAGGCUCAGAGGAGUGUGAGAGAGGAGGCUGCUGCUGCUGUUCCUGCCGAUGCCACUGCGGUUGGGGAUGCAGCCUCCACCCCCACCACCUGUGCUGCCUCUACUCCCACCACCCCGCUCCCAUUGUCCGCCCCAUCUGCUCUCUCAGGGGCAGCAGCAGCAGCAGGAGGAGGAGCAGAGGCGGCGCCGGCAGACGCUGUAGCGCAGCAGGGGGAUGACUCCGCAUGCCUCGUCCGGCCAGUGUCCAUGCGUCCCCGUGCAUCUGCUGCUCUUGCUGCUGGUGGUGGUGCCAUUUCAAACGCAGAUGAGGGGAGAGAUGGUGACAGGAGCAGUGCAGGUGUGGAGGGCAGUGGAGAAGGAGAAGGGGGAGAGCCAAUGCCGUCAGAAUCACCAGAGCAGUCAGAGGCGUGUGAUUUAGAUCUGCCGCUGGUGCUGGGUCAAGGCGAGCCCUUCACCCAACUCUUCCAUGUCACGCCACGUAUUCUCUCCCCAACCGUCUCAUCUCUCUGGCCGUUCCCACCCGUUCUUGCCGCCAACCCGAUUCUCGUCGCAUCGCUGCGCCUACCACCGUUCACGAUUGUGGGGUCGCCCUUCUCCUUCUCCAUCCGCCUCUCUAACUGCACCACCUCGCUACAAGAGGUGGUGUAUCAGUUGCAGGACGCCCCAGCUUUGUCUUUGCAGCUGCCGCUCAUUCGGCUUCUGGCUCCCUGCCUUGCUGCCAAGCUCUACCCCUGCCUGCACAAGUCAUGGCUGUUUGUCUUCCCCUUUGCCGCUGUUGUGCCUGUUGCUGCUGCAUCUGCUGCUGCUGCUGCUGCUAAUGCUGCUGCUGCAUCUGCUGCUGCUCCUGCUGCUGCUGCUGCUGCUGGUGCUGCUGCUGCCGCCGCCGCCGCUGCUGCUGUUGCUGCUGCUGCUGCUGCUGCUGCUGCUGCUGCCGUGUUGUAA